CAAAACACUGAGAGCUGCAGCAUCACAGCCGAGAAGAUGUCUCAUGUUGUAAAGAAAAGAAAAUUGGAUGAAACCCGACAGGAUAGACUGUACUUUGACAGCUAUACCGAUGUGACUAUCCACGAGGAAAUGAUAGCCGACCACGUCCGAACUAACACCUACCGGAUGGCGAUACUGAGGAACAGUGAGUCCAUACGGGGUAAAGUUGUACUGGACGUCGGCGCAGGAACCGGCGUUUUGAGCAUUUUUUGUGUACAAGCCGGUGCUAAGAAAGUCUACGCGGUGGAAGCUUGUUCUAUCGCCGAGCAGGCCGUAAAAAUAGUUAAACAGAACAACAUGGAGGACAAAGUUGAAGUCAUUCGUGGCACAGUGGAGACGGUGGACCUACCGGAGAAGGUGGAGGUGAUAGUGAGCGAGUGGAUGGGUUAUGCCCUCCUGCACGAGUCCAUGCUCAACUCGGUACUCUACGCGCGCGACAAGUGGCUGGAGCCGGGCGGCAUCAUCCUGCCCAGCAAAGCCGAGCUCUACAUCGCACCCAUCGGCGACCCGGUGGUAGAGGACCGCUUGCAUUUCUGGUACACCGUCAAAGACCGCUACGGCGUCGACAUGUCCUGCAUGUCCGACUUCGCCAGGAGAUGCAUCAUGAACUCCGACAUCACCGUGAACUCGGUGACCGUCGAGGACGUGCUCUCCCACCCGGCCCGCUUCGCCGAGCUCGACUUGUACUCGGUCACCGUGGAGGAGCUGCGGUCGGUGAGGGGCAAGUUCAGGUGCGAGUCGUUCGGCUCGGCGGCGGUGAACGCUUUCUGUGUGCACUUCACGGUGACUUUCCCCUGCCCGGACAAACCGUUAGUGCUCUCCACGUCCCCGUUCAAACCGGAAACGCACUGGAAGCAGGCGGUGCUGUACCUGGACGUCCCGGCGGACGUGGUGCAGGACACGGUGGUUACCGGCGAGGUCAGCAUGUAUCCCUCGGAGGAAAGCGCCAGACACAUAUGUAUCCACGUGGACUACUCGAUAGGAGAGCAGAAGAGACAGUCCAAGACUUUUUCCAUCCCUGACUGGAGCAGUGAGGCUCAGCCGUAGUGCAGCAUCAAGCAUGUAGUGUUCCAGUGUAAUCACCAGGCAACACUCCGCAUCCCGUCACCAAGACUCACAAAGCGGCUCGCUGUUAGUUAGUUUGCAGGAAAGUGGAGCAAUGGCUGCAUUUGUGACCAAAGUGGCGAAUUAUUCCUCUCUCAAAACUAGAAUAUCACAUUCGGUCUCACUUGAGCAAAUGCAUGAUGGUGCUGCAGCUGACAUCUGUACACACACACACACACACACACACACACACACUGCUCCAGGGUGUGCUUGCUUUUAUGCUUGUUUUUACACCUUAUAAAAACUUUGACACCUACACUGGAAGAGAAAGAAUGCGUAUCCUUCACACCUUUGUAUACAUUCUUAUGAAGCUCACCCAGCCAGAGCAGUGUGUGUUUGUGAAAGCCAGUACUGCCAGAUAUUGUUUGUAUUGCACACUGUGUAAUUCAAUUUACAGCCUUUACAGCCCAUUUUAUACCAAAACAUUACAGUGGUGCAGAAUUUUCCAUUCAUCAUAACAUGUCACAAACUAGAAAAAAAUGUUUUCCAGAGUCUUCUUUUUACCAAUCAACGGUCCAAAACCCAAAUAUUGUUAAUUGGCUGUUAUUUAUUCUUUACUUAUUUACAUACUGUUACAAAGAAACACAACAAAUGCUUAGCCAAGACUUGAAAUUAAGAAAUGUUUGGUAUUUUACACAUUUAGUUGAUGGUCAAAACAGUUUUCUGUCAAUCAACUUUUCAGUUAAUCAUCUCAUUAUUUCAGUUUUACCAUUCAGGCUUUAGUAGUGUCUUUAUUGUUUGGGUGAAAAGCAUUUUGAGAAUUUAAAACUGUCCUGACUAAUGAGUAGUUCUAGGUAAGUGUGUAGCUGUGUAAAGCAGGUUCCACUGGAGGUUUGACAAAAUUGUUGAAUAAAUUCAACACCACGUUGCAGACAUCUGAUAUUCUAAUGAAUUUAAUCAUGCAUAUUGUGUGGAAUCUGGUCAAAACGCUGCAUUCGAAUGAGGAUGAGACCAGGGUAUUGAUUUGGACUGGCUGUAGUCAGGAAGGAAGCUGCAUCUUUUACGAGGUGUUUUACGCUGGCUGGGUUUCAGUUUUUGAUCAGCUAAAUUGGCUCAUUAUUUUGGUUUAAAACUAGCACACGCUGUCGUCUGUUGCCAGAAACCACUGAAUUCAUCCAGAAUUGUGACUCUACUGCAGCAUUCUGCAAAAUAGCAAAGGCUUCGUUAUGUGUACAGUGAAGUAUUUCCUUCCUGGCCAUAUGGCUGUGCUGUAUCCAGGUGUCUAUCAUCAGCUGCAAUCAAGAAUAAAUCUUUUUUAACAAUUAAUAAUUUCACGGCCAUGUUUAAUAAUGUGACAUUUAUCAUUUAUUGAACAAAAAAUGUUAUCUGAUCACUGAUCAAUCAUUGAUUCACUUACACUAACAAGUCAAUGUACAUGAAGUAGGUCUGGAUUUUUAUAUUGCAGAGAGUUUAGUGUGCUAACAACUGUGUUAAAAGAAAAUAUUGCCAGACAUAAAUUGUUGGACAGUUCAAUGUGCCGUGAGUCCUCAUGAAAAACUAGGACUGCAAAUAAAGAUUAUUUUCAUUGUCAAUUAAUCUGUUGAUUAUUUUCUCCAUUAAUUGAUUAGUUUGGUCUAGAAAAUGUCAGUGUUUCUCUACGGCCGAGAUGACUGUUUCUUAAAAAUGUACUCAAAUUUUUGAGAUAAAAUAAAUUAUCAAAAUAGUUGAAAAUGAUGAAUUUAUUUGUUGACAACUAAUCAAUUAAGCAUUGCAGCUCCACUAAAAACACAGAAGCAAGAAUCCUGAGCAUGUGUCAACAUUUGUAGAUAUUUUUGGACAGCUUCAUUCAGACAUAUAUAAUUCACCAGAAGAAUCUGCAGCUUUAAUAAAUGACUGUCCUGGGAAUCAACUGUGGGGCUCGGCCCACCUUCAGGAGAGCUGCACUGCAUUUCAUUGGGCUCAUUAUUAGUGAAAAAGAGUUUCUACCAUCUAUAUCUGUGAGAUAGGUGAGUCAUUUUCUGAAGACUAAGCUUUUUUCUGUGAUGUUAUUACAAAUACAGAUAUCAUACAGAUAUAAUAACAUUUCGUGGUCUACCAAUAACCUGAAAGCCAAGUUCUAACAGUAAUGUCAGAAUGUUUGCAAAAAACUUUCAGACAUUUAAUAUAAAAAGAUGAUUACCAAUUAUAUUUUUACUAAUUCAUUCUGAUUAGCUUCUCAGUAUUAGUAUUGGCCUGCUCACUGCUGUAGUGUUCCAGCUGCGACAGUAACAAUAGAUUUGAUACCAACAAUGAAUCCACUCCCAGUCAAUAUUUCUAUAGGUGUACAAUUAUUA